UGUCGGCUUCCCUCGUUAAAGCCUAUAGUUUUCUCUCAUAUUAGCCCGUGAUUCCUUUAUUAUUUACUCUUAUGCCAUUCUAGGUUAUGGUUGCUGUUGUUAACUGCAAACCGCAGAGCCUCAGCUCCUCCCCUGCCAUCGGCUUCCCCCGAUUCCGCUACUUCCGCUACCGCCGCCUCCGGUGACGAAUAUCUAUUCCUACCUGAAUCGGAUUUCAUUUCUAAGUGUAUAUAGAUUAAUAGACUUGUAGAUACAAAAAUUAUAAGAUGUCAACGAAGAAGAGCAGCCCGAAAGAACAGGGGAAGAACAAGAAGGGGAGAUUAUCGGAGAAAUCGGUGUCGUUUCACGGCCGUGUUCCUGAAGAUAUGGUUGGGAAGUUGAUUAGGCCAAGGACGGUGCCAAAUUUGAUCACCGGUAGAGGUGCGAUUACGACGGAGGCGAUGACGCCUCCGAAGCUGACGAAGUUGUUGCUUAACGUCACGGUUCAUCGAAGCUUAGGUCCCGUGCAGGUGUUGAUAUCUCCGGAAUCUACCGUCGGCGACCUUAUCGCUGCCGCUCUCCGCCAGUACUCCAAGGAAGGCCGGCGAGUGAUAUUUCCGUCUCUAGAUCCUUCCGGAUUUGAUCUUCAUUACUCGCAAUUUAGUCUAGAAAGUUUAUCUAGAGACGAGAAGUUAAACGAGUUAGGUUCACGGAAUUUCUUCCUUUGUCCUAAGCAACCGGCUACCACUGCCGGAAGUAGCGGUGGUCAUGGUGAAGUCGGAGUCAGUUACGUUGGGAUGACUACUACAUCACCGCCGUCAUCGUCCACCUGCUCGACGGAAGCAGAUAAAGUGACGAAAGGCGGAGCAGUCUGGCUCAGAUUCAUGGAAUUCAUGCUUUUCAGAUUUUCAUCAAAAUAA